GAUGUAUUACGCAGGAUUUUUUGUAAUUCUCCUUUGACGCGACUUCUAUUAUUAUUCUCGUCAUUACAACAUUUCCCAUAUCCGGAUUGUUUUUAAACAUACUGUUUGAGUUACUUUUGUUACUGGAUCAACCUAUUUUUUUAACAAACGUUAUCAAAAAAUGUCUUAAGACAUAUCCAGCAGCAAUAUGGAAACGCUUAGGGGAAUGUAAAGUGCUCAUUUAUAAAAUGUUGGAUGACAGCUUGCUAUGCACAUUAAAUAAGCUAACGUUGUCUAUGUUACCUUUGUGUACAAACGGUAGUCUACGCUGGGAAGGCAAAUCAGCAUUGGCUUUAUACGCAUGUCUACGUAGUUUACGCUAUUUACAGGGAGGGGGCACUAGCGUAGGCAAACUCUUAGCCUUGACUAUCAAGCCUUGCUAAAUCACCGCUCUCUCCAAGGAAACAAAACAAUAUAGAAUUGGGUUGACGGCGUGCAACAAGCAUCGACCCACUAUCAAAACGACACGCGCUUUCCCGUGGAAUGAGCGUUCCAUGCAGCAUCCUAGGUAUGAAUGACGUGGCCUGGCAGGAGACGAGAGGUGGGAUGCUGCAUGCAAAUGGCGCUCCUGAGACUGGAGGUGUCAGAGUUCAUGUUGGAGGGCCCCUAGCCACAGUUGUGGGAGCUGGACAAGCUGGAGUCCCACAUUUACAGGGCAUGGACAGGAUUGCUAACCCCACCCCAGGUACCCCGCAGCCUCCACUGAGCGGACGAUCUCAGGAUGACGCCACAGUUGGAUACUUCUUUCAGAGGCAGCCAGGAGAGCAGCUUGGAAGUUGCACACCCAGCAAGCAUCGCUGGCCAACUGGUGAUGCCAAUCAUGUUGAUCAGGUCCGUGCUGUGGAUGAAAUGAACUAUGACUUCCAAGCGCUUGCUUUGGAGUCAAGGGGCAUGGGAGAGCUUCUGCCAGCAAAAAAGCUCUGGGAUUCUGAUGAGCUGGCCAAGGAUGGAAGGAAAGGGAUACUUCUUGGAGAGGAGUGGAGGGACAAUGCAUGGGGAUCAUCUCCUUUUCAUUCAGAUCAUUCAGUGUCACAGCCAAUCAUGGUGCAGCGGCGACCAGGCCAGACUUUCCAUGGCAAUGGUGAUGCCAAUUCUGUGCUUUCACCUCGCUCAGAAGGUGGAGGCCUGGGGGUGAGCAUGGUGGAGUACGUCCUGAGCUCUUCUCCUGGUGACAAGAUGGAUGGUCGCUACAGGAAUGGUGGCUAUGGUGGAGGAGAUGUUGACCAAGAUGGUAGAGACACAAUUGAUGUCCAAGAGAAAGUGUCCCCCUUUGAAGAGGACAAGAGCCCAGAGAAGAAGGUGGGAGAUGAGAAUGAUCCUGCUAAAGCCAAUGGAAGAGGUCUAUUAAACGGCAUGGACAGAGACUGCAAAGAUUUCAAUCCAACCCCUGGAAGCCGCCAAGCUUCUCCCACUGAGGCUGUGGAGAGAAUGGGUCCCAGUCAGACAGGGUUGGAGAUGAUGGGACAGCACCACCCACAUGUCCUUCAACAACACAACCACACCCAAAACAAGGCACCUGAGGACUUCCAUAACCAGGAGGCUCAGAACAUGGGAGGUAUGGAGCAGCAAGCCAGUGUGGAGUCCCUUCAGUUUGACUAUGCUGGGAACCAGAUUCAGGUAGACUCCUCAGGGACACCAGUAGGAUUGUUUGACUACAACUCACAGCAGCAGUUGUUCCAGAGAUCUAAUACCCUGACUGUUCAACAGCUCACUGCAGCUCAGCAACAACAAUAUGCCCUGGCUGCAGCCCAGCAGCAGCAUCUCGCUGGCCUUGCUCCUGCCUUUGUGCCAAACCCUUACAUCAUUAAUGCUGGCCCCCCUGGAACCGAUCCCUACACUGCCGCUGGGCUGGCAGCAGCAGCCACGCUUGCAGGCCCCACAGUGGUUCCACCACAGUACUAUGGUGUUCCUUGGGGUGUGUACCCGGCCAACCUUUUUCAACAACAGGCUGCAUCAACUGCGAAUCACUCAGCUAAUCAGCAAGCAUCCAAUCAGGGGCCGGGGCCAGGGCAACAACAGCAGGAAUGUGUCAGGCAGCGCCCUGAUAUUUUGUGGCUGUUCAAUCAGGUGAUGCGCACAGGAAACAACCAGCGACCUCUUACACCUGGGCAAGGCCAACAGAGCCAGCAGGAAUCUCUAGCUGCAGCAGCUGCUGCAAACCCUGCAUUGGCAUACGCAGGAAUGUCUGGUUAUCAAGUGUUGGCCCCUGCAGCCUAUUAUGACCAGACUGGAGCCCUGGUGAUGGGCCCUGGUGCUCGGGCUGGUCUUGGUGGGCCAGUUCGUCUAGUCCAAACCCCUCUACUCAUCAACCCUGCAGCAGCACAAGCUGCAGCUGCGGUAUCAGCAUCUGGCUCCGGUAACAAUAUGUCUGGUCCUCCAGGCAACGGGCUAUACCGCUCCAUGCCUCAGCCUCAACCGCAGCAGCAGCAGCAGCAGCAGCAGGCUCCCCCACAGAGCAGCGGCCUGCCUUCUAGUUCAUUUUACGGCUCUGGAUCAGUCCCUAACACUUCUCAGAGCAGCUCCCUUUUCUCACACACCUCUGCUGCGCCGCCACCACCACAAAGCUCCUCCCUGGGCUUCAGCGGUACUGGCGGCUCCCUCGGCGUAGGCCUGGGCUCUGCUCUUGGAGGCUUCGGCUCUUCUGUAUCCAGCUCUACCAGUAGCAGUGUAUCUCGCAGGGACUCCCUGCUGGCAAGUUCUGAUCUAUACAAACGCGGCGGCAGCAGUUUAACUCCCAUUGGCCAACCCUUUUACAACAGCCUUGGAUACUCCUCUUCACCCAGCCCCAUUGGCCUCACACCAGGUCACUCUCCACUCACUCCUCCACCUUCUCUGCCCUCCUCUCAUGGAUCCUCUUCCAGCCUUCACCUAGUGGCUAGAGCUGACAAUGGAGGUGGCCUCACCAAUGGCAGCGGGCGUUACAUUUCUGCAGCGCCUGGAGCUGAGGCCAAGUACCGGAGUGCCGGAGGGACAUCCAGUCUUUUCAAUUCCAGCAGCCAGCUGUUCCCUCCGUCUCGGCCCCGCUACAGUCGCUCUGAUGUCAUGCCGUCCGGACGCAGCCGCCUACUAGAAGACUUCAGGAACAACCGCUUCCCAAACCUCCAACUCCGGGACUUGCCGGGACACAUGGUGGAGUUCUCUCAAGACCAGCAUGGAUCCAGAUUUAUCCAGCAGAAGCUAGAGAGGGCCACUCCAGCUGAGAGGCAGAUGGUGUUUGGAGAGAUUCUGCAAGCAGCAUACCAACUGAUGACUGAUGUAUUUGGGAACUAUGUCAUCCAAAAGUUCUUUGAGUUUGGAAGUAUAGACCAGAAGCUGGCAUUGGCAACACGUAUCCGUGGACACGUCCUUCCCCUGGCUUUGCAGAUGUAUGGUUGCAGGGUUAUUCAGAAAGCUCUGGAGUCCAUUUCCUCAGACCAGCAGGUAAUUAGUGACAUUGUCCGUGAAUUGGACGGCCACGUGUUGAAGUGUGUCAAGGACCAGAAUGGCAAUCACGUGGUGCAGAAGUGUAUUGAGUGUGUCCAGCCUCAGGCCCUACAGUUCAUUAUUGAUGCCUUCCAAGGACAGGUGUUUGUGCUUUCCACACACCCCUAUGGCUGCAGAGUUAUCCAAAGGAUUUUGGAGCACUGCACCCAGGAGCAGACUCUGCCCAUCCUGGAGGAGCUGCAUCAGCACUCUGAACAGCUGGGCCAGAAAUAUCAAGGCGUAUCAUUGGAGAUGACACCCAAAACAUAUUAUACAGUGUCCCGCGAUGCACUGUUCAAGGAUCAGUAUGGUAACUACGUCAUUCAGCAUGUUUUGGAGCAUGGCCGACCAGAAGAUAAGAGCAAGAUAGUCGCAGAGGUUCGUGGAAAGGUUCUUGUCCUCAGCCAACACAAAUUUGCAAGUAAUGUUGUGGAGAAGUGUGUGAUUCACUCUUCGCGUGCAGAGAGAGCAUUGCUGAUAGAUGAAGUGUGCUGCCAGAAAGACGGGCCCCACAGCGCUCUAUACACCAUGAUGAAGGACCAGUAUGCAAACUAUGUUGUCCAAAGAAUGAUUGACAUGGCAGAACCUGCUCAGCGCAAAAUAAUCAUGCACAAGAUCCGGCCUCACAUUGCCACUUUACGUAAGUACACCUACGGGAAGCACAUUCUGGCCAAGCUGGAAAAGUACUACAUGAAGAGUGGCUCUGAACUGGGUCCCAUCGGUGGUCCCCCGAAUGGCCUCAUGUAGUCAUGUCAACAUCCCGGGUCCCCUGAAUAAUUGGAGGAGUACGAGCCCCAAACCCCCCCCCCUGUUCCUACGAGAGAUGCUCCUUAGCCAUAGGGGUUAGCCUUUGACAUCCUCUGUUAUCCCAUUUUUGGGGAAUUACCAAAAAAAGAAAAGAAAAAAAAAAGACAAGUCAACUUCACCUAAGAACGCUGUGACAACUGAUCCCUGCCACUCUGCCACCCUUGGUGCAGGUCCCCAGAGUGGCCCCCACAGUCAGCAGGCCGAUUUUUCUUUCCUGGGUAAAGCACAAGCCCAUUGUUAAUGAUGUAAUUGAUGUAUUUCACUGGUUUUCAUAUUCUCUUGUACAUUUAGUUUUUUACCUUGUAAAUUCUCUGUAGAAAAAAAAAAACGUAUACACAUUUGCUGAAAUUUCCAAUUCCUACAAUUAACACCAGCAAGUGAUUUUAUAAGGCUAAACUGAGUGAUCCUUUUAAAAAAACAAUUCCACUUGUUUUGUAACCAGACUUGUGUCAGCUGUUCAAAGUCUAGGCAAUUGAAUAUUAUAUUUGUAUAUUAUCCCAUGCACAGUAAACGUGUUUUCCCAUGCCAAAGCAGCUGAUGGAUUAGUUUAUAAUAUAGCACUACAUAGUAUGGAUGGAUUUUAAACCCCUCCGUCCACAGGUGAGUACUAUGUGUCCUGUGCCACAGUCACCCAGAGGUCUUGGAGACCAGUUUGCGAGCUUGGCUUUGGGGAUUGGUGCUUUAGUCCAAGGUGGUGAUUUCCAGUGGUGGCUUAUUCUUGACCUCAUUUUCCAGGCUAAUUGGAGGGAAGCGGGGGGGGGGGGUUUACCCCAGGAGCUUGUAGUCUGCCUGGUGUAAUUAUCUGAACAGUUUCGGUACUUAAUUUUACAGACUGACCAACCUGAGCUGCUGCAUUCACUGAGCCCCAUUUGAGCCGUCUGUCCCUCAUCCAGGUGAUCACUCGGGGUUUAUGCAAAAUAAAAAGCUACCAUUAACUUAUAGAAGUAGAGCAUGAGGUUUGGUUAUACAGUGGGUGUGUUACCUGGUAUAAUCUUAACAUGAAAUGACCGUAGUGGGGGGCUUUUUGUGGGCAUAGUGGGGUGGGAGUGGGGUAUGUGUUGGCAUGCUGUGACAGGUUUUAAUCCUUGGAAUGAUUUUUUUCUUUAUCAUGUUUUGUGUAACAUCUUAUCUGUCUUGUACUUUGAGAUGAACACUGCCCUAGAAAGGCUAUCUUUAUGUACUGAAUAAUCAUCUCUUGCGUAGAAGUAGUUUAGCAAUGUAUAGCAUCUUUAUGUAUGAGUAAAUUGUUGCUUUUGGGUAGGGGGCUUGCAGCAAUGAUGGAACCCCCACCACCUGAUGGUCAGUGUAGUCCAAAAAAGUAUAUAUAUUGUGAAGUGGAGCUUAUCCCAGCAUUGUACAUCUGAGGUGAAAUGAACUAGAAGUAGUGGGAUAAGCUGAAGAAAGGGAUACUUAAAGAACCUUUUUUUUUUUUUUUUAAUGGUUCGGUUUGUUUUUUAAAACUUCAUUUGGUUGGGUAUGCAAGUGCAUCGGUGGAGGCUGGUGGGGCCAUCGAAAGCUAAACAAUUCACCUGUUAUGCUCGUAGUGAUGGCUUCUUUGCUUCAUAUGAAUAAUUGUAGAAUACAUGUAGUAUAUGUGCAGUUAAUAAGUGUAAGAUUAUUAGUUUAAUUGAAAAAAAGUCUAGUCGUGGUGUUUGACAGGCCUUGCUCUAAAUUUGUAGUGAUGCUUUUAUUUCGUCUGUACAGUUGUACAUUUGUAAACGUUUAUGCUGUAAAUGGGAUGUCUUUUACACUUUUUGGGGAGAAAAAGGCAAAAAUGUGCAUUUUGAUGUGUGUAUAUUCAUCACUCCUUUCCCCUUGAAUAUAAUGUAUACAGUUUUAUUUGAUCAAGUGUUAUUUUAAAGGAAAAAAAAAACUUUAUGGCUUCACAAUCUGGCAUGGUUUUUGUUUUUAAUCUGUUAUAGGAAAGGCCAGCCUCUAUUUGUACCGGAGCUGUAACAUCCACUGUUAGUCUUUCUGAAGUUUGACAGUUUAAAAAGAAGAAAACAAACAAAACACUCUACUAAAACUGAGGCUGCAUUUAGUCCUCUCUGCUACCAUGGAAACUUCACAGGAUAUGACAAGAAUUAUUUUUGUACAGAAGAGUGCUGUAUUUUGGAACAGCUUCUACCUUGUAAGCAAAAGCAAUGUAAAAUAUUGUCAAUUAUAUAAAUAUGAACAUAUGAGUUUUGUCACACUGUCAAAGUCAUGUACAUUUUCAGGUGGCCUUAUGUACAUUUCCAGAUGUUAGAUGAAGAAAACAACUCAUUUUUGGAAGCAGAAUUGUGAUUAUGAUUAAACUGUUCUUCUAACAUUUGACCAGAA